GCAGUCAGGUAUUGUCCCGUACACGUCAGCAGCACCGCUACAGUAAUUUUCAAACGCGUUCAAAUCGCUUCGGAGAACAAUUCACGUGUCGUAAUGAGCUAUUCUGGCGUGAAUAGAUGAAAAAUGCUGAAAAUGGUUUCUAAAGGCUAAACUAUUUUCAAAGACUAUUUUCUUUCAUCAGGAUCUAUAGGCAGUCGCCCCUAUUCUACCACUCGUUGCAGUGCCUAUGCGAAUUAUUUGAGUACAAAGCAGAUCACAGUCACACAGACAUGUUCCUCCUAUGUCAUUUAAUGUAAUUUUUCAAAUAAACAUGAAAGAGUGUGGGCUACUGUGAUUCAGGAUUAUUAUAAAAAUUUAGUUAAAAUCAUAAUAGCCUGCAUAGGGUCAACCGUUCUUACGUCCAUCUCCAAGCUCUGGGAGGGUUUUUCAACGGGCUCCGCACCCCUCCCUGCCUUUGAGCGCGUGGAUGUGAUGCCAUUACAUCAAUGGAUAGCAACGGUUCUCGCUUCCAUAGCUCGGAGGAACAGGUCCUAUGCAGCAGCUGUACCGCUAGCCACAUAUCUACCGUGCAAAUCAGCUGCGUCAUACCUGCACCCGGUGGCACAGAAUUAAGCCAUUAGAGCUGUUGUUUUAACUGUACCUCUUCUUUAAGCUGGUGCCGGGAUUUUCACUGCGUCCCCCUUCGGUUCGUAUAUCGCAAAGAUCACAAAGGUUCUGCUAGCCUGUGAAAAUGGUGAAAUUGGGGAACAAUUUUUGCGAAAAGAAUAACGCAAAGCCCGUCUCGGAAGAUGGAUUUGACACUAUUCCCCUUAUAACACCUCUAGAUGUCAAUCAACUGCAGUUUCCUCCUCCUGACAAGGUGGUGGUGAAGACCAAAGCAGACUACGAUGGUGAUCAUAAGAAGGGAGCCUUCCGUUCCCCUAAAAUAGCCGAAUUUACAAUAAGCGUCAUCGAAGGCGUUUCUGAACGACUCAAAGUGACUCUUCUGGUGAUCUGCGCGCUGGCGUUUCUGGUGUGUGUGGUGUUCCUGGUCGUCUACAAAGUGUACCAGUAUGAGCAACCCUGCCCAGAGGGGUUCGUGUACACGCAGAACCGCUGCAUGCCGGCCGGAGUGUACAACUACUACCCCCCCCAGGGCCCCGGGGGCCGCGGCAGACUCUUCACCAUCAUCAACCACUACAACCUGGCCAGGCAGACCAUCACCCGCUCGGUGUCCCCCUGGAUGACCAUCAUGGCCGAAGAGAAGGUCUCGCAGCAAGAGACUGAGAGCUCACAGAAGCUGGCCUAGAGGGGGGCAUCACACAUACACACUCACGCACACACACACACACACACACACACAUAAACAGGGUUGCAGACCAUUUCUACACAUGCAUAUGCUUACAUAAAUAUGCCUGUAUACGGAUACUGUUCAUGCUCAGACAAUUGCGCUCACACACACUUGCACACACACAAAUAAACACUGACACAGAUAUUUACACCUGCAUUAUCACAUACUCUCGCACACAUCCUCAUAUCACACAUCAGCAAAGAUGUAUACAGCUUCAUGCACACACAUACGGCAGUGUGUGCUCAUAGACACAGGAAUGCAGGAAUGUGUAGCAGUUCUUACAUGCUCACAGUGAAAUGAUACCAUAAUGAUAUGAGGGUGUGCGUUACAGUAGCUCUCAAUCUCUACGGUUACCAUGGCAGUCCAUGGAGAGAUUGAACCACUUCAUAAGUAUAUACGUAUCAUAACUGCAGAGAAAGUUUCUACCAAAGCAUUACCCAUUUCCUGUUUAAAUGUUACCCAUCAUUCGAUUUGAAAUGAAACCCACUGGGAGAGUUCAUUCCACACUGCCGCCUGCUUGAUAUGUCAAGGGUGACGAACAUCUCUGGUGUCCUCAGAUUCAAACUUAUUGGCGCCUUGUGAUGACAUCAUCAAGCCUUUCCACUGCAAGUCCUCUAUUCACAUCCACUGUCUGCAGUCAGUUUGGAUGGAACUCCAGCCGUGAGGACUUGGGCGGAGUGCAGUGUAAUCUGAUCGCUCUUGUAUUCAUUCACUGUUUAGGGUCUUUUCUCCUUACCUCCACCUGCUCCUUUACACUGCACUGCUGAGCCAUGUGGGCGGGCCCGUUUGAUCUGAUGUUUACUGCCGCCAUGGCAACGUGUCAGUCUCAGUCAUACCUGGGACGUGAUUGGCUGUAUGAACAGGAGGCCCACCCACUCCAUCAAUAUCUGUUUUUUUCCAUAAGGAUGGAAGGAACUGUUGCCUCUGCUUGAAUAAAAAAAUAGCUUAAUAUGCUCACAUUACCAUGACACCUAAAUGUAUUUUGGGGAAUGUGCUAAUAAUUUGUUUUGAAAUCAAAUUUGAACUUGAGACUAAUAAAAACUUAGGAAAAUACAUUUCAUUUUUUGACUAGAAAAGUCUUUAGUGGCACCCAUAUUGUUGAACAAUAUGAGCAUCAUGGUUAUCAUGUUAUGUACUCAGACCAUACAGGUAUGUUUGUAAACUGGGUUUGAUGCUGAGAAAAGCUAUACAUUACACAGUCGAUGUGCAAAGUGAAGUAAAAUCAAACCCAAUAGAACCUUAGUUCGAUUAGCGUUUAGAUUCCUUAGUUCGAUUAGUGUUUAGAUAUCUUAGUUCGAUUAGCAUUUAGAUUUCUUUGCUGCUAAUCCUCUGCCCCUGAUGUCAGAUGGGUUAAUUUAAAUGAACGGUUGUAUUAGACUAACACUGAAGCCUUGGAUCCCAAUGGCUUAUGAAUAAUGAUGUCUGUGCAUUAACAUCAUGCUUUAUUUGGGCGAUCCAAUAAUAAUAGCCAAGUCUGCUAGGAACAGUAUACUUUAUGGCAUUUAUUGCACUGGCUAUUCAUGAACUCUUAUAAGGACUAUAUCUGCUAAUGUACAGUUGUACAUAGUCAAGCAAGUUUACCGUUGUAGAAAGGUUUUCAAACACGAGCUGAAGAACAUAACACGCUCAGUUCAUUUCUGCACAGAAAAUGCGCAUUUUAUUAUGUUUUCCAUUCUCUUUGUAUUAUUGAAAAAUGCAAGUGUAUAGAAAGCUUUGCUUCAUACGCAGAUCGUGUAGGCGUACCAUUAUCAUCCACCAUUAAAAUGUAGAACCAGGGCAAUGAGUACCUGGUUUUUAAUCAGG